CCCGCGAUACACCGGCGAUCGCGAACCAAGAUGUCGUCUUGCGACCGUGCGUUUCGGACGGGGCUGAUGUUUCCGUCGUCGUGAAAAUGAGUCGCCCAGCACGCACGCCGGCUAAGGCGCGGUCGAGGGAGGCCUGCUGACGGCGCACGGCGAGGCAACCAUGGGCAGCUGCGUGUCCGCCCUGUCCGGGUCUCGAGGCGCCGACCGGAGCCGCAGGGAACGCACCUUCCAGGUCUGGAACCUGGACGAGCAAGGGGUGGAACUGAGCCCGGGCAAGAUGGAGGUGAAUGCGACCGACUUGGUGCUGCACCAGCGGGGGCGUCCCCCCGUGCGCUGGCCCCUCCGGGGCCUCCGCCGCUACGGCUUCGACGCGCAGCUCUUCUCCUUCGAGAGUGGGCGGCGCUGCCCGACGGGCUCCGGCAUCUACGCCUUCCGCUGCAACCGGGCGGAAGGGCUCUUCAACGCGCUGCAGGAGUGCAUCCAAAAUUCUGGCACCGCCUCCGCCAUGACUACGACCAUCAGCAGCGUGGUGCCGGGCGACCCGUCCCAGCAAGCAAAUGGUACCAACAACGCUGCGGCGCAGUGCGACACCGCAUUCACGCUGCCGCCCAGCGCCACGUCUGGCCCUGCCGUGGACUCUUCGGGCUACCUGGAACCCAUCGCCCUGGGACCGCCCCGGCCCCCCCCUGUCGCCCUGAUGGCACCACCCAAUCCGGCGUCGGCGUCGCUACCGCCGGCUCCGACGGCCCAGCACUCCUACGUCAACUCGUGCACGCAGUGUGGCCUGCCCCACCCCCCCCCGUGCGUGGACGCCAACACAAACUACGCCAAGCUGGACGAGCUGCUCCGUCAAGAGGUGCGGCGGCGCGACAGCCACUUCUACGUCAACGUGAACCCGACCCAGGGACACUCGUACGCCAACCUGAGCUGCCCCGCUUCGCCGGACCGCGGCGCCAACAACGGGCUGGCGCCGGACGAGGUGAACUACGUCGUGCUCGACUUGGACCACCAGAGCGACUCAAGCACGACGGGUGCGACGUCGCCGGUUGCGGCGGCAGCUGCCCCCAGCGGGACGCUUGCGGCGGCGGGCGGGACGGCGUCGCAGCCCACGUCGCCCGUGCGGGCGCCGGAGGGCUACGCCACCAUCGACUUCGACCGGACGGCGGCGCUGUCCAACUCGGCCAAUCCCGGGGCGCAUCAGCACGAUGAUAGCGUGCGAAAGACGCGCCACAACAGCACUGCCGUGCCCGUGCUUUGCUGAGGGGGGCUGGACGCCGACAACCGGGAGGCAGCAGCAACGCCCACCCUCAGCGAAGCGUCCGUUGCUCUGCUUCCGGGAGACUCGGAAAGAUGCCCGGCAGUCGGUGCGGCUUUCGGCUCCGCUCUCUCUCUCGAAUGCUGACAACAGAAAGGCGGUGGCGCCGGUCAGUCGUGCACGUGGACAGGUGCGUCGGGACGGCCGUGGUCGCAUGGCUUCGACCGAUGGAUCGGCGUCCGUCGGUCAUGGUUGCGAGAGUCGGCGACAGCUGGGCAAACGACGUGCCUAUUUCAGCUGGUCAUUGCCGCUAGCCAAGUCCCAGUAUUCGGGUGGCCUUUUCGGAUGUGCGCAAGUCGGAACCUUGUAUAUUACUUGCAGAGGUACCGUGAAUGAACCAAGAAGUUUUGGGUUACGCCCAAUGUACUUGGUUUGCACUCUUCUUUGUUUCGCAGUCCCGAUCGUUGCACCGUGUUUCCGUCUUCGUAAACUACCAAAGAGCCUCUACUUAAUUGUUGCACGAGAGUCGGCGUGUUUGGAGGUGCUUGGACCAGACAAGUUUGAUCCCGCGCAGACGGAGGGAUUUGUUAGACCUCUCGUCGGAAGGUCACAUGGGAACCAAGUUUGAGGGUGCUUGAAAGUCGAGAGAAAGGGUGAGAGAGGUCACCCAAAGGGAGGAAGAGAUCCCAUCUUUCGGGAUGCGGCGUCUCAAAACCUCCUUGACCCACGUCCCGACUAUGGAGCGCCCUGUGCAGGUCUGCUCUUGUAAAGUGUAACAGCAGUGAAAACAUCUCAUGCAAAAUAAAUCCUGCCUUGUUUUUAAUGGCAGCCUUAUCCCAUCGAGAUAUUUCUCGAUGAAACAAUUCAAACGGGAGAGCAGACCGGGCGUUGUCAAAAUAACGUAGGAACAGUCGUCAGGUGAAAAGUUGUGAAACGCCUUUUCCCGUCGCACCCAGUCGAGGCAAGCGCAUAAAAGCUAUGUCCAUUUGCGCACAAAUUUUUAACUGCAUUCUUGUCAUAUUCCUGAGUGUCUUUCGUUCCAGAAGGGAAACUGUGUUCACAUAGUGGAUGCCGAGUCUUAUUUCCUUGCAGUACCUGCUAUAUUUAUUAGCUGAAAUGCUUGGCAGCUAGUUAACUUUCGGUAAUCUUUUGACAUCCCGUGGCAAAACCGGUCGUCGCUGCAUGGCAGUCCUGCGGAGGGCAUAUGAAUGCACAUGACCUUGAAAACCUCCUACGCCAUGUUUAGUUGUGGCAGCAUAACUGGCUCGGUAGCGGCUGUUCUAGCCCAUCCACGGCAUAGAAGGCCAACUACAGCCAUUAACAGGAUGAGGAUGGUGGGAUGUCCUUCAGUUGCUCCACCUUUGGCGCCAGCUUCCUACCUUCGUCAACACUUUAGCGUCUCUCGAGCCUCGAGCAUAUUGGUUGCAGUGGAAGGCACCAAGAGCCCGUGUACAAUCAUGCAUUCUGCCCGUCCGUCGAAGGAAAGGUGCGAACCUUGCAUGCUAGUGUGUUCCGCCACAGGGCCGUGGUUUGGGGCAUGCACCUGUUCUUGUCUUCCACGGGUCGUUCGUUCUCGGCUCGUUGAUGGGCGUAUCGUCCCACAGCACUGGCCACCCGGCGCCGAAUUGUUUUGUGGGCAUUAGGAAAAAGAUUGUCCGCCCCUAUUACUGCAGUUGCAUUUUAGCCUGUGUAACCGACGUUGCCAGUAAUGCGACACCGAGUCAUUCCACGUCUUGAAGUACGUCAACAUGCUCCUAUAAUCACGACGGAGCAAUGACCUUGCCACACAUCGAGUGGUUGCUAGAUCAUUGAUGCCAAAGAGUCCUGCACGUGAGAACAGACUACCAGCUAACCGUCGGAAACGUAGUCUAAUGCCACUUUGUUAGUGAUGUAAAUAGCUUCCCAAAGACAAAGUGCCCGUCGGCUGUCGUGAAAAUUCUCAACCUCGAAUCUGUUGAAGUGUUCCGUAUAGCUUAGCAGAUCACAAUGUUUUACGAGGUUCUCUCCUAAGCGAUGUGUUGGUAGCUACACUGUUGUUCGAAAUGUCCGCCCCCUCCGUCCAGUGUUGCUCGAACAGCUUUGUGUUGCAGACCGUUUUAUUUCGUUGCAGUAGCAGUGAAAUCGUCUACAAGGCAGCUCGCAUGGUGGAAACGCAGCUAGAAAUUUGCAACAACCCUCAUGGCUCAUUGGUUGAUGAAUGAGGACAGAGAGCAUUCUACAGCCACUUAGACAACUUGGCUCGAGGGACAGACGAGUUGUCCUGCACAUUCAAGAAAAGCGCUGGAAAAGGUGUGAAAUUCCGAGGCAUUCUUGAGAGAAGGGGUGUUCCUGCCUCACUACAGCAUUCCCUGCAGGUUAAGAGGGUAAAAGCGCUCUUUCUCUGGAUGCUGAGAGGUGCAAACUUUUUAUCUGCCGACACGCCCCAAAACUAGGGAACCUAGCAGGAACCCUGCCUUGCCUUGGCUACUGACACGGAUCUAACGUAUCAGUGAGCCCUGUUUUCGUUCUGGGUAGACCUUGGAGAACGUGGUCGCAGUACUCUAGGAUAAUUCACUGUAGUUUCGGCCCGGCCGCUUGCAAGUCUCUAUGAACGCAAACCUUUAUGCUAAUUCAAAGUAUACCCGGCAGUUACAACAAGAAAAAGAGAAAACGGUGUCUUCGAGCCUCGUGGGUCUCUUGUGUGUUCGUCAACGUCUUGUCGACAGACAUUGCCAAUUGUUGUGGAGUCCAAAUUUCCGACCUGCCACCGAUGUUGCCAACAUGAACCCCCCUUUAAACUGGUUGCUCGUCUUUUUUUGCCCAAUCUCGGAGUGUUGUAUCUCGAACGUGUCGCCAAAGGUGCAUUUACUUGUAAAUAGCUGCUUCCGAUCCUAACAGAAAACAGCUUUAAGUGUGUUUUCUCGAACAGGGAGUGGCUCGCAGCCUGCGAUAGGUGCUACAUGUACACUAUGCAACACCAUUAGCGUGAACACGACUUCGGCAAUUUUUCCUAGUUUUACUUUGAAAGGGCACUGAAAGGCAUCAAAAUUUGCCACUUAAGUUGGUACAUUGGCCGAGUACCUUCCACCACCAUAGCAAGUCCUUCAAUACUGAGAACAGAAAACUGGCCAUGUUUGUUCCUGCUAACGGUGUUGUGGCGUGUACACACUAGAAAGUACCUUGCAUAACUUGUGCCUAAAAAGUGAAACUUGCAGUGAAAUGUUGAGACUUUAGAAUGACCAAAGAAAACAAGUGCGGUCGUGCGUUCCUGCCACCUACCGCAUCAUACAGGUACCGACGUGUAUACAAAGUGUGUGGCCAAUGCCUAACCAAAGAGAAAGCUCUUUUUUUGCAAAGUUUUUGUUGCUGCAGUGUACAUAAAUUGCAGAGUUCCCCUAUUUAUGGAAAAUAAAGCCACAAACCAA